AUGGACGAAACUUUGAAGACAAAGAAGUUCACUUCAUGUGGAUUACCACCUGAUAACUCACAAGGGGAAAAUGGAAACUCAACAAUCGUUCAUACCAAAUCCUAUUUUACCGGACAUCUAGUUUACAGUUUCGAUAUAGAAAUUGAAACAGUCUGUGAUCCGUCUUUUUGUUUUGGUUUAAGAUGUGAUAAAUGUGUGACCGACCACACGACAACACUGUACUCCAAAACAGAUACAUCAAUACCCUUUUCCGAUAGUACUAUAUACAUAGGACCUGAUGAAACCACAGCUCCGUUGUCAAUAAAUAUAACAAGUGGUCACAUAACAGCGACAUCACCAAUAAUUACAACUGUAAACCAGUCAGUUUUGGAGGCUGGCAGUGAUGAAAUAAUAGCAAUGAUAUCGUCUGUUGUCGGUUUUGUUUUUCUUGUAGGUAUACUGCUUAGUAUUGCGUACAAAUAUAAAAGCAAAAACCAAUUACGCAAUGAACAAACAAUACAGGCGACAGAACAACCGCCACCAUCAAUAUGGCUUCAUUCACCAGCAGUCAAUGAUCAAGAAUGCUUAGAAAACCGUACACAAUUCAAUGUGUCUAACAAUAAAAUUGAUCAAGCCAAACUUACGCAAGAAGGUGCCUUGCUUGAAGAACAUCAACAAUAUGAAAAAAAGAAGCCUAGUUUAGAAAAUGAGUCAAAACAGGGAGAUAAUCAAAUCUUCCUAACAGAUCAUGAUAAGAAAAAACGAAAGAAACACAAGAAACAAAAAUCAGAUACGAAAAAGGAGAAACUUAAGAAACGUGGGAAGAAAUUAAAAGAUAAGAACAGUUCAGAACACAGUUCUUUUAAGAUUGACAUGGAUGAAAAACAAACGUCACCACAUCUAAACGGUAGAUCGGCGAUUGAAAAUACCAGUAGUGUCAAUAAAGAGACCCAGGACAAAAGUUCCGCAUACGGUAUCGAACAACAAAACAACAAAGGAUAUCCAGACAUUAAUGACGUUAAGGACAAAUCACAUAUACCAGCAACAACAUUAUUUACAUAUAAGACAUUACAACCUUUUUCCAAUCAACCAUCACAUUCGUCUUAUCAAGUUUUAAAUGUAGACAGUCCACCAUUCAUUCCUACUAGUUCACCCGAAAUUGUACAGACAAGUUAUGUCGCCCCGUCAUUGCCACAGUCAAAUGAUGCCGCUCGAAUUUUAACAGAGACAAGCCAAAUUGCCACAUCAAUUCCCACGUCAAGCUAUGCUGUCUCGUCAGCUAUAUCCAGCAAUCACCGUUUGCCAAAAUUAACGUUACCUACAUUUAAUGGCAAUAUAUUAGAAUGGCCAAGCUUUUGGGAUUCGUACGAAUCAGCAGUUCAUUACAACCCAACAUUGACAGAUGUUCAAAAGUUUAAUUAUUUGAACGCCCAAUUAGAAAACGAAGCCGCUCAGACAAUUGCCGGAUUUUCUCUAACUAACGCUAAUUAUGCCGAAGCCGUUAAUGUUCUGAUAGAGAGAUUUGGACAGACUCAUAAAAUCACACAAGCACACCUACAAGCACUGCUUGAUAUUACGCCACCCCGAGAUGACCUCAUAAGCCUGAGAAUGUUUUAUGACAAAAUGGAGAGUUUAGUUAGAGGACUUGAAUCGCUAGGACAGACACAGGACUCAUACGGUAAUUUAUUAGUUCCGAUUAUAAUCAACAAACUGCCCGGAGAAAUCAGAAAGCAUCUCGCGCGGGAGCAUGGUACGACAAGUUGA